AUGAUAGGGGAAACUGUCACUUUCACCAUGAGAGAAGUAAAAGCAGGUCACAAUGUCAGAGUCGUAAGUAUUUUUUCUUUGAACUUUAAUCUCUACUUGCAUAUCUGUUAUCUUGCGAUUUCAUUUGACCUUAUAAUAACUUUUUUAUUUUCUUUCUCCUCAAACAAACUUGGUCGGUUUAGACAGAGACCCAAAUCCAAGAUUUCAGCAUCCAGGAGGUUGUUUCUGAAGACAAGGCUUCUGAAGAAAGCAACCUCCAUGCUCACAACUGAAAAAGAGGAUAAACAGAGAGAGAGAGAGAACACCUUGAGUGAGAGAGUCCCGCCUCUGCAACUCUCCGGUCUGUCCAUUCAAGAUCUUCAAGCUCUCUGCAGAGAACUUCAUCAGAAGAUUGAUGUUGUAGACGAGGAGAGGUAUGACAUCUCCGCCAAGGUGACUAAAAAUGCAAAAGAGGUUACGGAUUUGAAUAUAAAGAUCACUGAACUUAGAGGCAAAAUGAAGAGACCUGCUCUCAAGAGGGUGAAGAUCUCUGCCGAUGCCAUGUUAGGUGCUCUUCUGGGCUCCAAGGUCAAAGAAUCAGUGGAUUUCAAAGCCAACCUUAAAACAGUCAAGAAGGAAGAUGAGAAGAAAGAAGAGGUCACAGAUUGGCGUAAGAAUGUGGAGGCCAUGUCCGGAAUGGAAGGCAGGAAGAAGCUGUUUGAUGCUGGUCAAUAG